UUUUAAAUACAUUUUUUAUUUUUAACUAUGCUAAAUUUGAUGUCGUUCCGAAUCUGUUGCCUGUAUGUUGUACCAGAUCCAUCAGGUGUUAAUUUCCCAUUGGAGCACAAAAAAAAGAGAUGUUUUCGCAGAUUCUUUGCACUGCCCUUUUCCAUGCAAUGAUAAAAACAAACCGAGCUCACUGUGACCAUGUCUGUCUAUGUAAGUGACGAUAGGCAGGCUUCCAUUACAGAUAUGUGCAAAACAGUAGAUAUUUUAGUAAUGCCGAUUAAAUAAAAAUAAAUAAAUUUCCAAUGGGCGUGUUUUCAGUAAAUUAUAAUCUGUGGAGUUUUAAAGGAUAAUGGAAACACGGCUAAUGUAUCUUUAAAAAGGUGUCAUGUAGACUUGCGUAUUCGCAAAGUCUUCUGAAACCAGAGUCUUUCCCUCGUGCAAAGCUACCGUUUCUCUUCAGAAGAUAAUUUUAGACAAAGACGGGAAUUUAAUAGAAGAAGGUGGUCGUUUCUAGGCUUUGGCGAUUGGUUAUAUGUUUGAAAGAGUGCAGAGAAACACUUUCAUAACUAGGCAGUGGAUGUGAAUAUCUGCUUGAAUAUCUGCAAAACAAAUUUAAAACAACUAAAGAACUUUUCCAUGUUAAGGAUGUGCGAUAUAGUUAGGCUAGUUCUCUUUACCCCAGUCGAAUACAUCUUUUUAGAUGCUUGCAUGAGUCACAUUUGUGUUCCUCUUGAUAGAACUGGGAAAAGUUAGUUGGUUAGGUGACUGUCGGCUGCUUUGUUUUUUAAAUAUUUGGACAAAAAAAUGUUGUGUGGAAAAGUGGACUGUGUAAAGUGAAAAUGUCGGGGGUUUUUGUGCUUUGAAAAAACAAAAACGGCAUAUAGGUUUGGAACCACAUUUUAUUUAUUUUUUUGUAUCCUUAGCACCCACUAGCACAAGGUGUAGUUACUUUUUUUGUGUUUGGGCAUCAGUUGACAUCCCACUUUGUGUUGUGAAGCAUUAACAGUCCUUCACAUUUGAUUUGCCGUAUUUUAUUCACUUUGGUGUUUUGCGUUUUGAUUUCCCUCAUGGCAGUCAUCAGCUUCAGAUAAUUUUUUUGGGGUGAUCAUUAGCGAAUGCUGCAGCAGCGCUGUUCCCUGAGCCCAUCCGGUAGAGCAGGUCGACUCCAGAGUGAUGGACUCCCUCACUCCCGGGACACUGGGAACGGGUCAUGAAUUCAUUCCCUUUGUAACUCUGGUGCAGAUCCAAGUCUUAACUGUGUUGUGUGUGUGUGUGUGUUUUUUUCCCCUCUCUCUCACUUUCCUCUCAUCUCUCUCUCCUCCUCCUCAUGCUCUUUUCAUUUCCUCUGGCUAUCUGUUUCUUCACUCCACUUCCAUCUCUGCCUCUGUGUCACUCUCUUUUAUCUUCCACACUCUCUUCUUUUUUUUCCUUCUCUCUCUGACCCCCCUCCCUCCCUUCAUCCCUCCAUCGUCCUCUUUCUCUUGUUCCCUCUAGCAACAGCUGCAGGCCCAGCACCUAUCCCAGCAUGCUGCCCAGGGGCUGCCCAUGGCCCCUCACCCCUCUGGCCUGCCUCACCCGGGACUGGCUCUGGGGGGCGGCUCUGGGCUCCUGGCCCUUUCCGGGGCCCUUGGGGCCCAGCUGGCCUCUAAAGACGAACGAGCCCACUUGGAGGCCGUGGCAGCGGCGGCCGCAGCCGAACACCACAGAGACUGGCCGCGGGGACGUUUACCUGCCCUUCCCAUGAUCCCCACAGACCGUGAACCUGGACCAAGUUCACUUUCUAACGGAGACAAAGGCAGGCCUUCAGACUACCUCAGCAAUGGAAAAAAGAGAAAAGCAGAUGAGAAGGAGUUUAUGACCGACUAUGGAAGCGACGCGGAGAAGAGCGAUGACAAUUUGGUGGUUGACGAGGACCCUUCUUCUCCAAGGAGUGUGCAGUCGUACUCCUCCAGAGAGAACGGAUUAGAUAAACUCCCUCCUUCCCGUAAGGAGCCUCUGCCCCAGGCCAGUCCGACCUCGCUGGCUUCCUCCAGCAGCGCUGCUUCCCCUUCACGCAGCAAGGAGCCUCCACCGAGAGAGAAGUCCAGCACUCCGGGGAUGAAGCCUGGCACGCCUAUGUCCCAGGAGUCGUCCACCCCGGGCCCUAGCGUUCCUCCGCAGUUCCGCCCCGUUCCUGGGAAGCCAGGCGUUGACCCUCUUGGUAAGAUCCUGUUAUCCUGUCUUUAGCGAUUGAAUUUUGUA